UUAGUUCCUUUUCUAUAGAAUAUCUUGGGAUAACACGAAAUUAUUCUACCACUGCUCAGUUUUUUUUUUUAGAUAAAUAGAUAGAUAAUAAAUUAAUAAUGUAUUAAAGAUGUUUGGAUACUGUUAACGCAUUAUUUGAGAAAAAUACGUUUUCCUAGAGUCAAUUUGUUGGACCAGCCAGCCAUAUGCAUUUUGAAACAACUGCAGUUUAAAAGGGACUUAAAAAGCAUUGUGACGAAAUUAAGGAUAAAGGGGUUUCUCUUGACCAAAUCACAAGGAGGGAAAAUGCAAAGAUACCUCCUGAGUCCCGACUAUCAUUAUCAUCUACGUGACACCCAUUUUAAUACUUGUAUUUUUUAUCCACUAAAUUGUUGAAUUUCGUCUUCCAAAUUAAAGGUUGUAUCAGUUCAAUGGCUAUGCCUGGACAAAGGUUCUUAAUUAGGAUACUGAUGAGAUUAAAGCUGAAAAGAAAUUAUUAACAAGGGUUAACAAUUCCGAUAAUAAUAAUAAUAAUAAUAAUAAAAAGGGUUAACAAUUCCAACAACUAGAUGGUUUCUUCUUUCUUGGAUUUGAAUUUAUUAUAGGUUGAGAACCCACACAAAGUAGUUACUACUACUAGUACUACUAUUCUACCCGCUGCUCAGUUUGUGAUUAGGAUAUCCUCCUUUCCUUUCCUUCGGGUUCCCACAGCAGCUGUGAAAGUGAAGCCAAGCCCACUAUGACCUUGAUGGUGCCCAUACUGUUCAAGCAUUCAAACCAUACACAACGCACAAGCGUAAACGCUUGCACACCAUUGAAGAUAGUUGUAACGAACCUCAUAUGUUCCGCGCACCGCAGCUUCGUGUAAUACACUAGUAUUCUUUUUCUGCUCGUGCUUUUCUAAUGGUUUUUUUUUUUUUGCAGGUGCUAAAGGAUCUUUAUCCAUAAAUGUGUUUCGUUGCUUCUGUUUUCUUUUGAGAGUUGGCCGUAUUUUUUUUUGUUGAUUGUUUAGUUUUUGUUCCGGCUGUAUGCUUUUCGUUCUUUGUGUUAUCUUCUUAUUAUUAAUGUAUUUUUUACUCUUCCAAAAAAAAUAAAAAUAUACCGGAGGAAGCUAUUUUCAAUAUGAAAGUACCAUAUAGAUAUAUGAAAACGGGCCGAUCCCUACGGGCUGGGCCCACCCACCGUUCAAGUAGACUCGAUUCCGGGCUGGACUUUACCAUAAGUAUAUACUUGCUACCUCAAGAGGAAGAAGAAGAACCAGGUGUUGAUCUUCUCUCUCUCUCUCGUCAUGAGCACGAAUUCGCCAACAGCCGAGGAGCUCCCAAACCUCGCCGCGGAAACCACUCCCCUAAAGCCAGAGUCAGCGGCGGGAACCACGCCCCAAAAGCCAGAGUCCGUCUCUACAACAAAUCCGACCGCCACUCCCACCAAAGAAAACCCCGCCACCGCUACUCCCACUGUCCACUCCAAAGAAAACUCUGCCACCGUUCCUCUCACCGUCGACUCCAAAAUAAACUCCGCCAUCGCUACCCCCCCGCCUCCAGAACCACCUUCAACCCCCGCCGCCGCAGCCGCCCCAACUACCUCCACCGACCUCGUAUACAUCCCCACUUAUUCCAGGUGGUUUUCUUUUAACAACAUUCACGAGUGUGAGCUUCGGUUCCUCCCUGAGUUUUUCGACGGGAAAUCGCCUUCAAAGAACCCUAGGGUUUACAUGUACUACAGGAAUUCCAUCGUUAGGAAAUUCAGAGAAAACCCGACUACGAAGAUCACCUUCACGGAGGCUCGUAAGACUAUUAUCGGAGACGUGGGAUCGGUUCGGAGGAUAUUUGAUUUCUUGGAGGCUUGGGGUUUGGUUAAUUACUCACCCCCUCCUGCGUCCAAGUUGCCCCUCAAGUGGGAUGAUAAGGAGACCAAAUCUAUUACAGCAUUGUUGCAGAGCACCGAGCCCACAAUGAAUGUCGCUGAAUGUAUGGUGCCGAAGAAGAAAUUAUGCAGUGGUUGCAAGUCAGUUUGCAGCAUUGCUUGCUUUGCUUCUGAUAAGUAUGAUUUGACUCUUUGUGCAAGGUGCUAUGUCCGUGGGAAUUACCGGGUUGGUGUUAGUUCUUCUGAUUUCAGACGAGUUGAGAUCAAUGAAGAGAUAAAGACAGAUUGGACUGAGAAAGAAAUUUUGCUCCUUCUAGAAUCCACCAUGCAGUAUGGUGAUGACUGGAAGAAGGUUGCAGAGUAUGUUGGUGGUAGAAGUGAGAUGGAAUGUGUCACUCGCUUUAUCAAGCUUCCUUUUGGUGAGCAAUAUUUGGGGCCUUCAGACUCUUGCGAGGUCAGCCAGAAAUUAUAUCAAACAAAGGACCAGAAUGUUGCUGCAUCUGGAUUGCAAAGUUCUGAAAAGUCAUUCCCAAACAAAAGAAUGCGUCUUAACCCACUUGCUGAUGCAAGCAAUCCAAUUAUGGCUCAGGCUGCUUUUUUGUCAGCUUUAGUGGGUGUAGAGGUUGCUGAAGUAGCUGCCAGUGCUGCGGUGAGAGCUCUAGCUGAGUUCGGUUAUGGAGCCAUUAAAGAACAUCCUAGACUUCUUUCUAGUCAUGGAAGACAGCAAGAACCUGAUGCUUCAUCUAACGGUGACGCCACUUUGAAAACAUCAGAAGGACUUGAUAUAGAUGUGCAAUCUCAGCUUGACAAGGAGGAGCAGGACUUGGAGAGGGCAAUGUCUUCCAUUACUGAAGUGCAGAUGAAGGAGAUUCAAGAUAAGAUUUCUCGUUUUGAGAAGUAUGAAUCGCAAAUGGAGAGGGAGUGGCAACAACUGCAGCAAAUGAAGAACAUGAUCUUUGUUGAUAAGCUCACGCUUCUUUUAGAUAAAACUCGUGCACAAAAAGCUGGAGGAAGCAUGCAGCAGGAUGCUAAAACAGAAUGAUUUUCUUUGCCCUUCCUUUUACUUCUGUUUUACUUUAUUUCAUUGGAGGAUAGGUUUUCCUUUCUUUUUUCAGACUUGUUUCUCCCUAGGAUCAGCUAAACUAGUCUCAAAAGAUGUAACUAAUUAGUAUGGCUGUCCCUACUCCCUAGUGCUCCUGUCCGAGUUUCGAAUUCCAGUAUGCGCUAGUACAGAACCUUGGCCAUUUUUUUUGGAAGAUUAAAUAGAGCAUGAGUUAUUCCAGGUGAA